AUGAGGAUCUGCAGCCCACUGGCUGUGCCUUGGUGGCGUGCCCUUCUGCUCUCCUGGAUCUGGACAAUCGCCCUGGCAAAGGACGAACCCACCAUUUCUGCCUCCAAGAUCGAGGGCUACCCCAGAAAUCUCAACUACUUCGAAGACAGCGACUCCAUAAUAUGGCACAAUAUCGACACCGGCAACAUUUUCUGGUCCAAGGAUGCUGGCGUCCAGUGGGCCAGAGUCGGCGACGUCGCCGAGGGCAAGGCCUUUCUGCUUGUCAUGCAUCCCCACGAAGCCAAGACGGCCUUUAUUCUAACGGCCAGUCAUGAACACUACCUGACCGAGGAUCGCGGGGAAAGUUGGUCGAAGUUCGACUCCAAAGUACCGCCAAGCCGAUUCCAGCCCGAGGUUUUAACUUUCAACGCCGCCGAUCCGAAGCGCAUCAUCUUCAACGGUAUGGACUGCGACGUGAUAUUCUGCGACGAAACGGCUAUUUUCACGACCGACGGUUUCAAGUCUGCUGAGAAGCUUCGUGAAGACACGGCUGGCUGCUGGUGGGCCAAGUCGACGCCUGAAUUCACCACCGGCGAUAAGGAUCUCGAUGAGUCUAGGGUCUUGUGCAUUAUUCGCGACGAGCUCUCUCUCCGGAAACAAGAGCAGCGCCUUGUUCUUUCCGACAAUUACUUCAAGAAGGAAAAGGGCGAAAUUCAAGAAUUUGAGCCCGAUCUCGAUAUCAGUAAGCCAGUCCGUGGCGUUAACAAUGUCGCGAUCGUCAAAGGCUAUCUUUUAGUGGCUACAACCUCCGCCGGAAGUGACGAAAUGGCUCUUUAUGUGACCGAUGAUACAAAAAAGUGGCAUCAUGCCAUGUUUCCCAGCUCGGACUCGCACGAGCACUCACACGCGAUCAACCAGGGUGCAUAUACCGUUCUAGAGAGCACGAAUUACAGCAUCCAGGUUGAUGUUAUGACUUCCGCUCCAUCGCGGGCCAUGGGUGUCCUAUUCACCAGCAAUUCCAACGGCACAUACUUCACCGAGAACGUCCCCUAUACAAACCGCGAUAGGAAAGGUCACGUCGAUUUCGAAAAUGUCAGCGGUAUCCAGGGCGUCUAUCUUGUCAACACUGUGGAGAAUGGAAAAAAUGUUGAUAAAGACGGCAAAUCAAAGGUUCUAGUCAGCCAAAUUACUUUCGACGACGGAAGAACAUUCGAGUCGCUCAAAGCCAGAGACGACACGAUCCACUUACAUUCAGUCACGGAGCUGGACAACAUUGGCCGCGUCUUUUCUAGCCCCGCGCCAGGACUAGUUAUGGGCAACGGAAAUACCGGCAAAUCCCUCAAAAAGCCUUCGGAAUCGAACUUGUAUGUCUCUGAUGAUGCCGGCCGGAGCUGGAAGAAGGCUCUCGACGGACAGCACAAAUAUGAGUUCGGCGACUCCGGAUCCAUUCUUGUCGCUGUGAAAGACUCUUCCAAGGCUGAUAUCGAUAAGCUCUCGUUUUCUCUCAACCAUGGCGAGAAAUGGGACACAGUGUCCUUUCCAGAUGGUCUGAAGAUAAAGCCCGAGUUUCUCACCUCAGUGCAGGAUGCUACCAGCCUGAAAUUCCUCCUUGUUGGCUCUCGCAAGGGCGAGUACCACAGCAUUGCCAUUGACUUUGAGGGUCUCCAUGAACGGAAAUGCGGCGAUGAUGAUAUGGAGGAAUGGCACGCUCGCGCCGAUGCUGACGGCAAGCCACAGUGCAUCAUGGGUCACAAACAGACGUUUACUCGCAGAAAGAAGACUGCGGAUUGCUUCAUCAAGAGCGAUUUCAAAGAGCCGAUUGCCAAGACAGAGGACUGUGAAUGUUCCGAUGCCGACUUUGAAUGCGACUACAAUUUCCAGCGUGACUCAGAGAACAAUACCAAGUGCAACCAAGUCGGCUCUCUUGUCAUUCCUGAAGGCUCCUGCAAGGAGGGUGAAAAAACUUUCAAGGGCUCUUCCGGGUGGAGGCUGAUUCCGGGAAACACAUGCAAAAGGAAGGAUGGUGCCCAGAAGGAUGAUACAGUUGAGCGCGAAUGCAAAGGCGCUGGCAAGGGCGGUGGAAAAGACGAUGACAAGGAUGGAGGUGACAGCACUGACCCUGCCAAUGGCGAGGUCUCUCACAAAAAGAAUGACUUUGACACGGACCUGAAUGACUUCCAAAAGAUUUACCUCGAGCGUGGCGAGGCCAGUUCUUCAAAGGACGAGACAGUCAUUGUGCGUGCUGCUGAGCAACGCAGCGGUGGCCUUCUCAAAGUGGAUGAUCGUCUAUGGCGGUCUCCCGAUCACGGCAAGAAAUGGGAGCGGAUUCUUGAAGGAGAGGAAGUCCAAAAUAUCUUCCCUCACUCCUACUUCAACGAUGUUGUCUAUUUCACUACUGCAAAAGACAAGGUAUUUUAUACCAUUGAUCGCGGAGAGAGCUUCCAUCCCUUCACUGCUCCGUCCGAGCCUUUUGAGGACAGCCCAUUCAGCUUCCAUCCUGAUAAGAAGGACUGGAUUCUCUGGGUUGGAAAGACGUGUGAGAAGGUGGGCAGCAAGGAGACUUGCUACUUAAAAGCCUCCGUUUCGACGGAUCGCGGCGAUGACUGGCGCACCGUACGAAAGUAUGUUGAGAGGUGUGAAUUCACCGGCAAUUCCCAGUACAAUAUUCGUGCGGAGAAGCAGAUUGUCUGCCUCGCCCAUCGCGAGGAAAAUGCGGAGUCUCCGCUGGCAAUUGUCACCAGCGACGACUUCUUUCAUGAUGAUGUGACGAUGCUGGACAGCGAAAUCGACGCCUUUAUCACCAUGGACGAAUAUAUUAUCCUACGCGAGAAGGAUCCCAAAACGGGAGGUGUCAAGCCUCUUGUUAGCGUCGACGGCAAGCAUUUCGAGAAGGUGCACUUCCCGUACAAAUUCCACGAAGGCCACGAGAGCCAAUACACGGCCCUGGACAGUUCCACACAUGCUCUGAAUCUGUUUGUCAAGACAGAUGACGGCGCCGACCACCAGUAUGGCUCCAUCAUCAAGAGCAACUCGAAUGGCACGUCAUUUGUGCUCAGCGCCUCGAAUGUGAACUGCGAUGAGACACCAUAUGUUGACUUUGAAAAGGUGGCGGGCUUGGAAGGCUUCGAGCUCAUUAAUGUUGUCACCAACCCUGGCAAGGGCGAGAAAACCAAGAAGCUCCAGACCAAAAUUUCACGCAACGAUGGUGCUGAAUGGGGCCAUCUGGCUCCUCCCAGCAAGGACGUUGAUGGAAAGUCAUACCCCUGUAGCAGCUCCAAGGGUGACAAGUCUUGCGGCCUGCACCUUCAUCAUUACACGGAACGCGAUGACAGGCGCAAGACAUUUGCUGCUGCUACUGCUGUGGGCCUCAUGUUUGGCAUCGGCAAUGUUGGGCCCGUUCUAGGCGAUAUUAAGGAGGCAGACACUUUCAUGACAGCCGACGGCGGUAUUACCUGGCGCAACGUCAAGAAGGGGCACUGGACAUGGCAGUAUGGCGACCAAGGAUCUAUCAUUGUGCUGGUGGAACGUGCCACCCAUGACAGCAAAGCCACCACCAACAUGGUGUCCUACUCCACCGACGAAGGCAAGACGUGGACCGACUACAAGUUUGCCGAUGACAAGGUGACGGUGCUCGACAUUACCACGUUGUCGUCUGGCACUUCGCGGAACUUUCUCCUCUGGUGCCGGUCAGAAGAUGGCAAGAUUUUCACCGUCAACCUCGACUUUACAGGCCUCACAGACAAGCCCUGCAAGCUUGGCAGUCUCGGAAAGGAAGGAGGCGACCCUGACUACGACCUUUGGUCUCCAAAACACCCCAUGCUGGACGAUGAUUGCGUCUUUGGCCAUGUUGCCAAGUAUUUGCGUAAAAAGCCGGACCGCAAUUGCUACAAUGAGCAGGAUAUCCAACGUCUCUACAAAAAGGAGAACUGCGCUUGCACGCGACGUGACUACGAAUGCGCCUAUAACUUUGAAAUGGACAGCACCGGGCAGUGCGUCUUAGUGAAGGGCCUUGAGCCACUGUCUGGCAAGGAGUGGUGUGAAAAGUACAACGCCACGACGUAUUUUGAGCCGACGGGGUACCGCCGGCUGCAGCUAACGACGUGCGAGGGCGGCAAGGAGUACGACAAGACGUCGACGGAGCACGACUGCGCGGGAUACGAGGGCGAGGUGGCCAAGAAGCACAAGACGUCGGGCGUGGCCAUCUUCUUCGCCGUGGUGAUUCCGAUUGCGGCGGCGGCGGCGAUCGGGUGGUACGUGUACCGCAACUGGUCGGGCAAGUUUGGACAGAUCCGGCUGGGCGAGUCGUCGUCGACCUUUGAUAGCGACCAGCCGUGGAUUAAGUAUCCAGUCAUGGCCAUUGCCGCGGUGGCUGCCGUGGUCGCGGCGCUGCCGGUCCUGGGCGCGAGCGUCUGGCGCACCGCUAUGGGCGCUUAUCACCGCGCGGGUGGUGGCAGCGGCGGUGGACGUAGCUGGAAUCGUCGGUUCACGACGAGGCAGAGCUUUGCCCGCGGAGGCGGAUACUCGCGGGUCGAAGACUACGAUGGGGAGCUCCUAGGCGAGGACAGUGAUGAGGAUGUAUAA